AUGAUCAUAGACAAAGACAAAGAACGACUGCCAGUCAACACACACAGCACUAUCAAACUGGCAGGUCUGGGAAAAGAUUCAGAGGUCCAGCAGAAAGCUCGGCCACAGGAGACGCAGGUGAACACUGAGGAGAACCCCUCGGACCACCCAACCAAUGACAAAAUGGUGCGAGCCGAGCUGGAAUGGAGCGUGCCCAUGUGUGUGCCACUGCCCAUCGAAGUUUUGAACCACGACCAGGCGUUUCCUUUCCUGAACACCACGCUUGCUGACCUGGGCAUUGAAGAGUCAGCUGUGAAGGAGCGUGUGGUUUGGGUGGACACCAAGCGCACACGGGUGAAGGGAAGGACAGGGAAGCUGAAGGAGAAGGAGGUGACGGUUCUGGAGGUGCGUGUGAAAGCUCAGCACCCCGGAGAGCCUCAGUCUCAGGAGGUCAUCUACAGCACAGAGUCCCACACCGAUCGCUCGUUCUGCAGGAGCGGGGUGGACAUCCUGCCAUGGAGACACACACAGCCAGCUGAAAAUGAACACCAGCCGGUGGAGUUGAUUCUGGCUAUAGACACACUGACAGAAUCCAAGCCCAACUGGCAGAAAACGGAAGAAAAACGGGACUUUCAGAAUGAGGUGUGAAUGACAGACAAAAAAAUGCAUUGAAACACCUCAGUUACAACGGGGUCUGUUACUGGGUUUGGAUGUUUUAAACUGGUGUGUGACCGCAGAAUUGUCCGAAUUUUCCUAUGCGGUGCCUUAACUGAACAAUUUAAUGUGUACUUCUUACUUUGUGGCAAUAUGAAUACACUUUUUUUUUGUCAAUAUAUUAUUAUUCUACAAUAAGAUGUGUAUUUCAUAUUG